AUGUCUAAACAAAGACACAGUUUGGCCUACAAAUCCAUAAAAGGGGUUUCAACCCAAUAUUCGGAAGUCUCCGAAGAUCGGGAAGAUCAAACGACUGAAGAUAAAGCUGAAAUAAAUCAUCAUUUGUCUCUUCUUACUCAACGAUUCAAGAAACUGUUGAGACAUCCAAAAAGAGAAUUACCAGCGUCAAAAAGGGAAAAUGUUCCUUCACAAAAAAGUGAAGACACCUGGGAUGAUGAUGAUAAUAUUCCUCAGUGCUACAAAUGUAGAAGGUUUGGUCAUAUCUCUCCAGAUUGUCCAACUAAGGAUACACAGUGGAAAAGAAACACUUACACUGAUACUCAAGAGGAGUUUACCCCAACAAAAUCAUCGCUUGCUCAACUCAAACAGAGUUUUCUGAAUGUUAAAGAGAAGUUUAACAAAAGAGCGAAGAAAAUCGAGGUUACUCAAUACUCCGAAAAUAUAGAAGUAUCUAAACUCAUUCUUGAUAUUAAGUGUUGUCAAGAUGAGAUAAGGAAGCUAAAAGCAGAAAAUCAGAAACUGGGAGAUAGACUCGAUUGCAUUAAAAAAUCAUCACCCGACGUGAAUGUAUCAAGUGACAAGGAGGAUGCAAAGAAGAAACAGUUCGAGGCAGUUGCUGCUACCAUUGCCAUUGGUGGUGGCUGUUUGUUGAUCAAAGAUGAUAAGGAGGAGUCUAAGAAGAUCGAGUCUGGAUGGAGAUUUGCUGCCAUGGUCGAUAAGAGUUUGGAGCUAAAGAGUGAUCAUACUGAAUCAAGACCUACUCCUCUUCAUCGUGUUUUUCCUUCACUCUUUCCAAAAGAGGAGAUUGUGCGCAACGGUGGAAAGUGUGUUAAUGUCAGAAAACUUUUUAAGCAACACGAGCAGCUAGAAAAAUCCGGUGCAUCACAAGAGAUUCUUGACAGAAUUAACAAGGCAAUAGACAUGGAAUUCGAACGUCGUUUUGGUGUUGAUGAUUCUGAGGUUGACAGUGAUUCUGAUGCAGAUGAACCACCUCUCGAAAGUCCUUGCAACAAUGAUACGAUUAUUCCUACUCCAGAUCAUAAUAACGAUCACUCUCCUAUUGAAAAGGAGGAGAAUGGAUAUGACAUAAAUGUUGUUAUCAAUGGUGUAACGUACACACUUGAAGAUUUUAGGAUUUGCACCAAUGAACUAGACUUUUUGGGAAAGGAUUCUGAUUCCGAUAACGAGGCUUCAUCUGAAGCUGAGGCAGAAUGCUGCACUAGUGAUUGGCGUGUACGAGGUGGGUGA